UGCAUGAUGUUAUUGUUGCUAAGGGAAAAAAUGGCCGCAGCCUUAGUUUACUUUGGGCUUGCUAGCUAAACUGUCAAACGUCGUUUGAAAGCAAGCUAAUUUCUGAAAGCGCAGAAGGAAUCAAUUACAAUCAGGAGGUUUAUUAAAGAUUUCUUUCAGGCAGUGAGCUGAAAUGGCAAAAGUUGAAAGCCAAGAUGGAGCAUCAGUGGUUAUCAAUGCUCGUCGCACUGAGUCACUUGAUGCACCCUACAUUCUUCAGCUUGCACAGCCAUGGACAGAAAAACUGUUUGGUAGAGUGAAUAUUGUCAAUGUCAUUGAAAAGGCAGUUUUGGCAGUGACACUCAUAAAUGACAAAGAGGACAUCAUGGCUCACGCUGCUUUCUUUGACUACCCCAACGUUCCAAGUGUUGACCAAGCAGCAUGGGAGGAAUGGAUGGGCAAGGAUGACAGCGAUACUGUGUACACAGCUCUUAACUCUUUGUUUUUGCAUUACUUUGUGGCUCAACCAGAUUAUGCUCAAGGGUGUUUUAAAGAAAUUGUCCGCACUGCCUUCACUGCUAUACCUGAUCUGCACUUUCUCAUUCUGGUUAUUCCCAUUGGUAUAUAUCCAGACCCUUCCAUUUCUACCAUCUUCACACCACUGAAAAGAAAAAGUGGAUCAAACCCUGCUCCCUCUAUAUUUGUCUGUCGUCGACAUAAUCAUGUCCCAGUCUUACAUAUUCGAGGUGCCAGGGUUGAAGACAAUGAUGAUUUGACUCCAAUCUUCAACCGUCAGAGUGAUAUGCUGAAGACAACCUAUGGAGAGUACUUUUUGGCUGAGAUGAUUGAGGCACAGGAUGAAAACAUGCACUGCUUAGUGGCAGAGGUGGAAGGCAAAGCUGUUGGGUUCAUGAGCAUCAGCAGUGAUGUCAGUGUUAAUUUGCUAAAUGAGUGCUUUGAGCUUGGGCCUUUUCAUGGUCUUCGCAAGCCUCAUGAAAAUGAUGUCACAUCUGCUCCACCUUCACUAGUGCCUUCCCCUCUUCCUACCAAUGAUGUAGACAGACAGUAUGCGCCAUCUAUCCCAGGAACAAUUCAUCGUACACUAGAAACACUUGUUGAGGAUAGUGGCACAGAUGAGAGACCAGAUAGCCAAUCCAGUGACUAUAGUUCUUCAUUGAGCCAGAGUGGAGAGCCAAAAGUGGUCCAGAGUCUUACUGAUGUAUAUGUGUCCGAACCUGGAUCUCCACAUUUUGACACAGCUUGGGGAGAUGCUACUGUAACUCAUCCAAGUACAUUUUCAAAAGUGUCUAGAGAGACUGGCAGAACCACCCCAAAACUUUUUGAGCCUGCCUUCAAGAAGCGGUUUGUGCCAAAGUACAAUGGACGUCAAAACUGUUUCAGUAUCCAAUUAUUUUGCAUUGACGAGGGACAUGAAAUGAGGUCCUGUGACUUUCUUCCAGAAGCCUUCUCUUUCUUUCCAGACUAUGAUUAUUGUAUCAUCACAGUGCCUCAUCUUGUUCCUGAGUUACCACUCAUCCAGAACUUCGUGCGUGUGACACCUCGUUGUCCCAGCAUCCUGCCACAUGAGUUGUACAUAUUUCAUCGCGCUGGUCUCCUCAAAAAUUUCAGUGUGAAGCCAGCACGCUCCGAAGACUAUAGCUCUGUGGAGACUUUGGUGAAGAACAUUCAGCUGAAUGAGAAUCUUUUGGCAGAUUUGACUCAAUACAACAUUGCAGGAAGGGAUCCGGAUGGUACAGAAAUCCAGGCCUAUGUUGCCAAGUGCCAGAACCAGACUGUGGGUGUAGCAAUACUCAGGAGAGAGGAGGAUAUUGAAUACAUCAGGUCUCACUAUAACAUUGAAGAUUUUAUCUACUACAACCACCAUCGCCGUGAGGAUCAUGGCCAUCUUCAUCACUUUGUAUUGAAUCCCAUCUUUGCUCACCUUACCAAACACUUCCUCAAGGAGAUUCUUCGCUUGAGCCAUAAAACGUGUGUGUACUAUCCACUUUACCCUAGAUACAGCUCCAAAGAGACACUAAGCCGACACUCAGUUGUCUGCUGUCUUGGAGCACUGGUGCCAGUCCGUGCCCGACAUCAAAUCAAAUACCCAGUACAACAGCUGGGUAUCAAUGCUCCAUCAGUACGUGUCCUUGCUGAGAGAGAGACUUAUGCUCUCAACCAUAUUAACCGCAAGCUGACACUGGAACCAAAGGUCGCCAUCAAUGCACGAAUUGUGGUUGUUGGGGCAUCAGAUGUAGGCCUCUCUUUUCUUGAAACAUUUUCAUACUGUCCCCAUUUGCGCUUCAACAACAUGACUCUAAUCUCACCACAUGGGCUGCUGGGAGAGAUGCCUGCUGAUCCUCAAAGGGACCAGAUGCUUCCUAGCAGUUACUGCUAUAGUCAAGAGGAGCACGCUAAAGUGUCGCUACGCACAUUUGUCAAUUUGGUGUAUGGGCGGAUGACAGCCAUAGACCGUAAAAAGAAGAUUGUCACAGUUGAUGGCAAAUACCAGGUUCCCUUUGACCACUUGGUACUUUGCACUGGGCAGCAGUUCUAUGUUCCUGCACCCACAGGAGCUGAUGUAGAUGAAGGUGCUGACAAUGAGAACUUACCAGCAAAUCCUGACAACCGCUUGCUAAAACCACCACCCAAGAAUCUUUACCUGGUUAAUGAUGCAUACAAUGCUGCAGCAGCACAGUACAUGAUUAAAAACUAUCUGAUGAAGACAAAUGGCCUCAUAAUCGUGUACGGGGGCACUAUCAAUGCAUACACCUGUAUCCAGUCAAUGCUGGUGUUGGGUGUGAAAGGUAGCAACAUUGCCCUUGUGGAACCACCUGCUGAGACCCCAUGUUUUGAGGACACAACAGUGAUGAAUACAGUGAAGAAUGCCUUGACUGAUGCUGGCGUGCAGAUGUAUUCAGGCUACUAUCUGGCUCGCUGGAAUAAUAGUGUGGAAAUCCCAGAAAUAAUUACGUCUGCCAGCUUCACUUCCUCUGGUGAACCUUUGAAACUAGACUGCCAGGCUUUCUUCUCCUUCUACAAGAAGGCAGUAGAUAUGGAUGCUUUUAAAUCUAUGAACAAUGCCUGCCUUGUGUACGACGGAAAGCUGGUCAUCGACGCUUCUUUCCACACCAACGACGUGGCCAUCAGAGCCGCGGGGCCGCUGACCAAGUUCCAGCGUCGCUACCAUGCUGACCAGUGGACCCACGCCUGCUUCAACUCCAAGGAAGUUGGCAUGGCGCUCGCCAACGAGAUGCUGAGGUUGUUUGAUCCCACCCUGGACUCCAUGUCUUCACCCCCCGAGGAGCCCCUCAACCUCAUCCCCAUGUACAGAAGUCCCCGCCUUUUGGGAGGCUACCUGCCAGGCGGCUACCAAUAUCUGGAAGUAAGCAAGCCUGGACUGAUGGAUCCGCCAGACGUGCAGCUGGGUCAGCUUCAGCCUGGCCGAGAGGUUUUUUCUGGACAACCAGAAAAUGAAGAUGGCUAUAUGAAACUUGGCAUCAGUCAAUAUCAGGCUAUAGACAAGAUUGUCUGCCUCUCCAAACAGGAAUUCCCAGCCAGUAACUUUAUUUGCCUCUAUGGUAUACAUCAGCGCUCUCUCAACAACCUUGUAGCAAGAUAUGACGAAGGCCUCAUCAAGAAUUUGUACAGCUUCUUCCGAGAAUCCUGGGCUAUGGCCAUCUUCCAUGACCGUUUCUCCGACUUAAGAGAUGAGCUAAGAGAACUACUUAUCACAAGUCCGGUAAGACACAUUUACUGUGUAAAUAUCAUAAAUAUUUUUAUACACAUAUGCACACACAAAAUUUACAUAUAUUUUUUUUUUGUCCAGGAGGACAGGCAAGAAACUAUGGAGGACAAAGUGCGACACAUGGUAGAUGAGGAGGUCGGGAUAUCAGAAGCACAGCGUCAUCAACUUAUGGACUUGUACAAAGCAUCAGGUUCCAAACAAGCUGUGGAGACAAGGCUGCUUAGUUUCCUGUCAUACAACUACUACCACCUCCCAAUGUAUGCCAAGCCAGGCAUGGUUUAAGCGUUUGCACCCUGUUCAUAAGCCAGCACUGACCCAC